AUGCCCUUGUUAUGGUUCGGGACAUUUUCUACUGAUCAAGAUCAAGUUAAUAGUGUUGAAAAUGGUUUUGUUUACAAUCCAGCAUACAAACUGUCGAAAUUGAUUACCUUUAAACAUUCUACCUCGAGGCGAACAUUUUGCCACUCACGUAUUCUUUAUGUUAAGAACCAUAAUGCCUCCUUUCAGCUAGAAAGACUUCUACUUAUUGGGAAUGUUCAUCCUAAUCCUGGACCUGUAACUUCUACUUCUCUGUUGAGGAAAUCUAGUUCAAAAUCGAAUUUAUCGCUUGAAGGAGUCCAGAAAUAUGCUAAUGGUGAAGCUAGCCUAAAAUCGCAUUGUCCUGUGUGUGAUUCAGCAAUUAAAAGGAUUCACAAAACCAUCCAGUGUUCAACUUGUUUUUCCUUGAUCCACCUUAGCUGCCUUGGUGUCAAUCUAAAUCCAAUGGAAUACUUCUCGCAAUCUGAUUUUGUGUGUGGUAUGUGUUUACAAGCAGCAAAUACUUUGAACUUGUCUGUUAGCACCGAUAAUUUGCAAUUACCAAUUGGAUUUGUGUUUAACUUUGACGACUGUUUAUUCGAGGAUUUCAUGCCUAAUGCUAUUAGAACUGAUAAUGCUAUUGUUACUACCGAGGAUGAACCAUUAUUCAAUACUUCUUCAGAUUAUGCACCUUUAACUGGUUUUGGUCUUAAAGAUAAAGGUCUACGGGUCGCAGCAUAUAAUGUGCAACACUAUACAAAUAAAGUUGAAAUCAUCCGGACUAUACUUACACAAACGAAUGGACUCCCUGACAUUUUGUUUCUUAUUGAAACAUGGUUGGAUGAUGCUUACACUGAUAAUGAAUUAGAAGUUCCUGGUUAUUUGUUAUUAAGAAAGGAUAGGAGUGGUAAUUGGGGUGGAGGAAUUGUGGCCUAUGUUCGACAUGAGAUCUCAUUCCAUCGGCGGACUGAUCUUGAAAGUAAUGACCUUGAAAUUGUGUGGUUGGAAAUCAACCAUUCUAACAUGAAACCUAUUCUUGUGGCCGGAGUAUAUCGCCCUCCUGACACCAAUAUGGCAACUGAUUCUAAGCUGGAAGAUAACCUAUCUCAAGGUUACUUUGAGGGCAAAGAAUUUUAUGCGCUUGGUGACUUGAACAUUAACAUGCAUGAUCUGUCUGCUAUGAAUCAUCAACUAGUUCAGGGACUUCAUGGUAUGUCCAUGACCCAAUUUAGUCUAAGAGCUCAAUCCCAAUAA